AUGUCUCAGGUUGAUAAUAGAAAUUCUUCGGCAGCCAAACGUGCCCGAACUGAUGGUGGCCGCAGGGAAGAUGACUGGACUUGCCCUAGCUGUGGCAAUGUCAAUUUCUCAUUUAGAACUACUUGCAACAUGCGCAACUGUACUCAAUCUAGGCCAGCUGAUCACAAUUCAAAAUCUGCUGCUAAGCCUAUGCAAGGACCACAGGGCUACUCAUCCUCAGCUCCUUAUGUAGGCUCUGGUGCACCCUCGGCAAUGUAUGUGGGUGUUCCACCUUAUGGUUCUUCCCUGUUCAAUGGAGCAUCUAUGCCUCCUUAUGAUCCAUUUCCUGGCGGUUCCGCAUACCAUUACAACUAUGUCGGCCGCCUUUCUGGAGGCAGCCCCUAUCGACCUCUGCAUCUAUCUAGUCCAACUCCUUAUUCUAGUGGAGCUAUGAUGGGCAAUGCUGGGAUGUAUGGUGUGGCCCCCUUGAUGGACCGAUAUGGCUUGGGUUUCCCCAUGGGACAUGCUGCCAUUGUGCCAAGGCCAGGAUUUUUUCCGGAUGAUAAAUCUCAAAAGAAAGAUGGCACACGUGAGAAUGAUUGGACAUGUCCAAAAUGUGGAAAUGUCAAUUUUUCAUUUAGAACCGUUUGUAACAUGAGGAAAUGCAACACACCAAAGCCUGGAUCGCAGGCUGGAAAAUCGGGGAAGAAUUCUAAACCAGAGAUGCCUGAUGGGAGCUGGAAGUGUGAGAAGUGUAACAACAUAAACUAUCCUUUCAGGACCAAGUGCAACAGACAGAAUUGUGGGGCUGAAAAACCAUCUGAGCCAAAUGAGUCCCCUUCAGAAUCAGAUAAUGAGAAUGAUCAGUGA